CUCCCUUUCAACCUCGUCGUCGCCUUCCAUGGCGGUCGGUUCGAGACCUCGGCGAUCAGUAAUCCACUGCAAUCAAACCAUCCGGAAAUUGUUGUUUUUCUUCGUUCUUUCGAAGCCGCUGAAAUCGUCGGAGAUCAGUAACCGUCUGCAAAUUGUCAGUCUUGUUCGUUCAUUGCCGUACAAUUCUUGCAUCGCCGACGAGUAAUCUUUCUUUCUUUUUUUCCGGCCCGUUGCUAAAAUCAACUUCGAAUUUCCCAUAAAUCUAAAUCGCUGAUGCUUUUGUGAGGCUUAUGGAACCACAGGAGGAGGAGGAGGAUCCUUAUUCGCAAUGAUGUUGGUUUUUCAUUGGGCACUUGGAUGAUUUUUGCUGCAAAUUGCAAGAGUAGGAAGAUUAAAUUUGAAGCAUAUUUGCCUGAUUCCGACACUUUUACCCUCCCCUUGAAAGUUAUGCAAUGUUCAUUUUUAAGAGAGCUGAAAAUAAAUCUGAUUGGUGGACAACUUAAGGUUCCAUGGCUGGAUAUCUGUAGUAGGAUUGAGUCUUUGUCCCUUAAUUGCCUCUGCAUCUCAACGAACGAUUUAAAGGAAUGGGUUAUAAGCUGUAAACAUUUGAAAAAGCUCAACCUCUUCAAGUUGGAUCUUAGUUCUUCCUCACUGAAAGUCCUCCAUAUUCGUAAUUUCAUCGUCAAUAGCUUGAAAAUCUCUGUUUCAAGCAGAGCAACUUAUGUUUCUUGACAUAAAUCUGGAAAAACCACACUCGCUGGUUAUUGAUGCUGCAAAACUACUGUUUUUGAUCUGGAAUGGUAUGGCCACUGGUUAUGAAUGUGUGGGAGGUUAUCUUGAGGCUAAGCCAUGUGUUGAGAUUUCAAUAUUUGGAACUUUGAAUACUUGUGGAGAAGUGUUUCUGUCUCUACGUGCAGUUUCAGAACUCUCUCUUUCUAAUUUUACUAUGGAGCUGAUGUCUUCAAAAUAUUCCUGGGAAAUAUUUCACAAUCUCAAUUCAUUGACUGUAUGGAUAGGUGAUGUGGACGGUCUAGCUCCACUUCUACAUUUGGCUCCAUACCUGAAUAGGCUAGAGGUGAAGAUCCGAGCAGCUUCACCAACUAAACACACUGCAGAGUAUUGGGAAUCUCAAGUGUUUGCCUUCGUCAACUCACUGGAGAGUGUAAGGUUGGAUAUAAAUGGGGAGCAGAAUGGAAUAGAGUUGAUCAAAUAUCUGCUUCGCAAUGCAAGAGAGUUGAAGACCAUCAUCAUCCACUGUUCAUUUGAUCCAAAGGUGAUCAGUAGCAGCCUCGAGCACUUCAGAUGGGCUUCUCCCUCUGCAAGGGUGUAUUUCAAUUGAAGUGGUUCUACUAAUAUGGAUCUAGUUACCAAAUAUCCAAUUGUCCAACAACAUUUUUAGUUUUAGAUCGUUUAUUAAGAUGUCACCUAUAGUAUUUUCCAUGUUAUCGUAUCUCUUACUAUAAUUUGCGAGAUAGGUGUGAAUAGAUCGAAUUAUACAUGUGUACAAACAACUGGUCUCUUCAAAAAUGUAGAAUUUUGAAAAAUGCCUGAAAUGGAGCUUAUCAAGUACUUGCUCCAAAAUGUAAACCAAUUAGAAAACAUGAUAGAUGUAAAUCAUUCAAAC